UUAUUAAGUUUUGGCAGUCGUCUCUUGUCGGUAACGUUUGAAAAGAAACUUCGGGAGACGGAGAAACGCUAACGCAUAAUCAAUCAAAUCUCUCGAUCGAAGCUUCAUCGGAAUGGCCAAUUUCUCAUCGGCAUCGGCGAUGCAGCACGGCGAUUACGGUACUGCUCCAUAUUUUCAAUACCCAAAUCUCCAGAACCUUAGCCUUAAUCCAAGCCCUAAUCCAGUCCCCACUCCCCCCGAUCGGAAUCAGAGCGCUUACGCCUCCGCGCCGCCGUUCUCCACCAAUUACGGCGGCUCCGAUUACCCUGGUUAUGCCUCUAAUUAUGCCCACUACUCUCAGAAUCCCGAUCCCGUUCCUGCCUCUCCGACUGCUCCCCUUUUCACCCCUCCGUCAUCGAAUCCUAAUCUCCAGACCUUCAAUCCCACUCCCCAACCACCCGCUUUCCCACCAUUUGAGUCUCAUGCGCCUUAUCAACCUCCGUCUCAGCCUCAAUCGUAUCAUUCAACGUACGACCAGAAUCAGACGGCUCCUAACUAUGCCCCUCCUCCACCUUCCUCAAUUCCGGUGAAUCCGAGCUCCAAUUCUACCCCCAGUCCUAAUUCUCCGUUCUCAUCUAUGUAUUCGGCUCCCUUUGGCUCUUUGCCCCCGCCUGCGUAUGAAAAUCCAUAUGAAAGUUCGGUGAAAUUUGAUCAGGGAGGCGGAUAUGUUGAUGAUAGAUAUGGAGGUUAUAGUCGAAGUCGGUCUGAUCUUGGUCCGGACUUGUACGGUAAGCGGCCGGAGGACACGAUAUCACGCUUCGACUCCGCCUAUGAUGACGGUUUUGGCGAUGGUGUGUAUGCUUACCAAGGUGGCAAAGUUGAGCCUUACGGGGCUCGCGGUACAGCUUCUAAGUCUUCAACAUGGUCUGCGGCGCCAGCUUUUGAUGAUUAUGGAAGGCCGAUAAAUAUUCCUCCGAAGAAAGACUCGUCGGCGACUUCACUUAAAGUAGUUAGGGCGACCCCUAAGGCGGAUGCACAAGAAGAUGUAAAAAGUUGGGUGCAGAAAUUCCGAGUGAAGCUUUUGGCUGAAAGUGGAGGUCAGAGCACCAUGGAUGUACUUUGUCAGGUUGGUUUAGAUGGCAUUCGUAUGCUUGAUCCAAAUUCUAAUCGGACGUUAAGGAUAUAUCCUCUUGAGACCAUCACUAGAUGUGAAGUAUAUGAUUCAUCUACCCUGGCUUUCUGGUCCAAGAGCCCUGUGGAUAUUGAACCACGGCGUAUUAGAUUGCAGUCAAACAGAUACACUACCAACACACUUCUCGACACGGUGACUGCUGCAACUGUACAGUUUAAGGAAAUGGGUGGAAGAAGUAGGCCUUCUGAUUCUUUUAAGGCGCCCGAGCAGCCUACAGAGAAGAAGAAAGGGUUGGUCGAUUGGGUGAACCUGAUAAAGCCAGGCAACGAGGAGAAAGACCAUUGGGUACCUGAUGAAGCAGUCACAAAGUGUACAUCUUGUGGGACAGACUUUGGGGCUUUUGUACGAAAGCAUCACUGCAGAAAUUGUGGAGACAUUUUCUGUGAUAAAUGCACGCAAGGUAGAACAGCUCUGACCGCCGAGGAGAAUGUUCCUCAAGUUCGAGUCUGUGACAGAUGCAUGGCAGAAGUGACUCAGAGGCUCGCUAAUGCCAAGGAAAUGGCUAGUAAGCCUGCAGGGUUGCAUAGUCACGAGGAUCUUGCCAAAAAACUUAAGGAUGAAAUGGAUAAAAACCGUAGGUCAUCAGGAUCCAAGUCUGAUGGAUUUGGUAGCCGGAUGAAGGAAGUUGCAUGUCCUACUUGCACUGUUAAUUUGCAGGUUCAGGUUCCAAGCUCGGGUUCGGAGACUAUUGAGUGUGGGGUUUGCCAGCAUCCGUUCCUUGUGAGCGCUCACUGACUUGAGUGUUCUUUAGCAAUGGCGGGUUCAUAGAAUGGCUUGUUGAUUAUGAUAUUUUCUAUGUUUAUGUUUCCAAAUAAUUGGGAUUAUUAUUCGUUUCUCGCUCUCUCAAGUCCUCGAGCUUCAAUAACUUUGAUGUCAGCUCUGUGGUUUCAUAUUAUUAUUUUGUAAAUGGAGUUCUCUGUGAAACACACGUCUCUUUGAUGUACAAAGAAAAUAUGGUUUUUGAAGGGUGAUAUCAUACGACUAAGUUAUGCCCAAAA